AAACCUUUUAUAGUUUGUUAUACACUAAACUCACUGUUUUGAAAGCUGCUGAAGUGGGUUUGAGGCUUUUAGUUUUGUUUUGUUCCUCCAUUUAUAACAGUGUGAGAGCUCACUGUAGCCGUUUUUAAAGAAAUUCCUUAAUUCUGAGGGUUAGAUACAGUAAGAUGAGAUGCCUGGGCAAGGCAUCUACAUUUCUGCCAAGUAUAGUGCACUUUGAAAAUAAAUGAGACCUUGAGGGUGCAAAGAAUAGAUAAAUUUGCAAAUUCAAGGCCUAAAGCUGUUAAAUCUGGUAUGUGACUUGAUUUAAAGUUCUGAGUUCAAUAUGCACUAGAAAAUAAGUAUUUUCCAUCGAGAAAUACUCCUCUGAAUUCAUUCUCACAGAUAAUAUGGGCUGCGUUAUUGCUGGUAUAUUUUUUUUUUCUCCAAAAUUUAAAUGAUUUUUUCUUUAAUUGUUGUAUUCGCUUCUUAUUUUUCAGGAGUCUUUGAAAAAAUCCUUAGUGGUCAUGACAUUGUUACAAGUGACAUAAAUUAGCCAGUGGCUCAGAGUGAUGGAUACCCAGAAGACUACAAAUGGUUUGCAAGUGAUUGGACCAGGGACUGGUAUAGGGAAAUCGACACUCCACAUGGUGGGGUAUUUGGGAAAAAGCUGUAAUUCUGUGGAGAUAACUUCGCCUGAAUAUUGUCCAGUCUGCAAAGCCAAGGGCCAGAUCCAAGCUUUACGCACUUACCGCAUCAAUUUUCAAGAGUCCAUUUUUCUUUGUGAAAAUCCUCAGUGUAUCUACCCACUUGGUUAUAAACCGUUUAACAGCAUCAUUAUUUCUGCUGAUUCAGAAAACCCUCAAGUUCCAUCCUCUGAUAAGAAAAGGAAACUGUGUGAUAUCAGUGACUUUUCUGCCAUUGAAUCAAAUCCAAAACGAGCCAGGACUAAUAACGCGGUAAAGGUUGAGCAGACUGUUAAUAGGGACCCUGUUGUCAAAAACGGUGAGAAUAGCUUACCUAUCUCCAAGUUAAGUGCACGUGACGUGUUACAAAAUGACCAGCAAAAACUUAGUAAUGGGGAGUCCUUCAAGCAUAAAGUGGGUUUUGAAACAACCGCCAACACCAACAGCCAUCACGAAAGUCUGCCUAAGACUCCUAGUCCCAGAAAACAACCCUUGCCAAACUCUGAACACUGCACAACAGCAUCUGAAAUAUUGCUCAGAAGUGAUAAAGGUUCCACGAAUAACACAGAUUUGUGUCUUCAGUGGAGAAACAGGCAUAAUCUUUGUUGGUUGGAUUGCAUUUUGUCAGCGCUGGUACACUUAGAGACAUUAAAAUGCGCUCUAGUGGAAGAAUGUGAUGAUGAAAAAUGUUUACUCCAGAGACUCUUAACAAAAUAUAAUCAAGCGACUGUGCUUCUGAAUACCUCUAAAAGGGGUAAAUUAAAAGAUGUUCUUCCAAAAGCAGAAUUGCAUCUCAAUGAAAUCAGAAGCAGAAUUUUUGCGCAGCUUCAGCCUCUGCUUAAAUGUGGAUUGGGUAAGGAGGAAAGUCCAGUGUUUGCACUCCCUCUGCUCUUAAGACAGGAUCAACAGGCUGAGAAGCUAUUUUUGCAUUCAUUUUCGUUGAAGUUUGAAUGCGUAUGUUGUGGCUACAAACACCAGGACCGAUGUAGGAAAACACUAACAACAUUCACAAAUAUAAUCCCCGACUGGCAUCCACUUAAUGCUGUUCACGUUGCUCCCUGUAAUAAUUGCAGCGACAGAUCUCAAAGACGACGGAUCAUUUUGGAAAAAAUACCCUCAAUAUUAAUGAUACAUUUUGUGGAAGGCUUGCCGCAUAACAACCUGAGGAAUUACUCGUUUCAUUUUGAAGACGAUUUCUACGAAAUAACAUCUGUUAUUCAGUAUCAGACAAAUAAGAAGCAUUUCAUAACCUGGUCUUUGAAUCAUGAUGGAACUUGGCUUGAAUGCGAUGAUUUAAAGGGUCCAUAUUGCAGGAGACAUAAAAGAUUUGAAGUUCCUCCAGGAGAGAUUCAUAUUGUUAUCUGGGAAAAGAAAACAUCCCAUGUGCCAGAACAGAAUUCCGAGGCUCAGAGGAAAAAUGUUGAAGAUUCACCUCUGAAUAACGUGCAGUCAAGCUCCGCGGUGUUGCACUGUGGUUUUGAUAACGCCAUAGACAAAAUACUUGCAGAACAUCACAAAGAGGCUUCUGUGAGAAUUCCAGAUAAGAAACAACAGCAGGUAGCUGAGGUUGAAGCUCAUCACGGCUUAGAAAAUCUGGCACACGAUGAUCUUGUAACUCUGAUGCUUGAAGAGCUUCAGGUUGACUCGGAAUGUAAAUCACUGUCAAACGGACAGAUGGUGGGAAAUAACCUUGUCGAAAUGGGCACGCUGGCACAGCCGGAGUCAGCUCUUUCACCUAACGCUCCAUGUGAGAUUGCUGUAACUGGUCUAGCAAUGAACAACACGUGCACACUACCUGAAAAUUCCAGCAUCUUCUCACCCCUACAAGAGUCGAACCCAGCAAAUAUCACUCCUGCUGUGCCCCAAAAUCACAACCCCGACCCUCUUGACUCAGCAUUUGCUCAAAGCACAGAUGACAGAGCUAAUUUACUUAACAGAGAACACAGUUUAAGUUCACAACUAGAGAUAAACCCUAAAAAGCCACCAGUAGGGAAUAUUGGACAAAAAUCACCUGACUUGAAAGAUGCAGGCAAAACUGUAGUUCAUUCUAAGGUUGCAAAUUCUUCUGCUGAUAAUAAUUCCUUUCAGCCUUCGCACAAAGACCAAAAAAGAGGAUUUGUUGGAAGCUGGGUAAAAAAAAUGUUAAGCAAGAAUACUUCUUUUAUGCCUUCAAGUGCCUCAGCUCCAAAGAUUGAGAGAAGUUGCAAAACUCCCUCAAUGCAAAAAUUAAAUGACAUGCCGUUGCCAGUUAAAAGAGCGAGUAACUUUGGGGGAUUUCAGGGCAGAGGUGUGAACAAAACAACUGAGACCACAAAGUCAUCGCUUCCUCGGAGCAAUGGUACUAAUUUUUUAUCAAAUUUCAGAGGAUUUUCUCAAGGCACUUGUCUUCCUCCAAAAAAUCAUGCUGCUCUUGAAGACCCAAAUUGGAAUAAGCUGGGAAACAUGCUGAGUACCUCUGGUAAAACGACUCGAUUCCAUUCACCGAGCUAUAAUGCUGGGAAGGUGGAAGAGUCAGAUAGUGACAAAACAAGAAAGCUUCGCCUAAAACUGUUAAAAAAACUUAAUGCUAAGAAGAAGAAGUUGGCUUCCCUGGAUAGACUGGCGGUGGAACAGAUGAAACGCGGAAAACCCGUGCCUGGGGAUGUGAGCACCCCGUCACAGACCGAAUCUCACAAUGACAGCGAAUUGCUGCAGAGCUUCCUGAGGGAACUGCAGGAUCAGAUUGAUGCUGCAGAUAAUCCUUCGGAAUUCAGGGUGAACUCAGGGUGCGCUAGCCAUAGUAAUAACGAUGAAAUACUAGCGGAAUUGCUGUCCCCUACUUCCACUGUUGCUUCCUCGGAGGUCCCAAGAGCUGAGGAUGAGUGCAUGUAUAUGGAAAUGGGGGACAGCAGCGGCGCCCCGCCUGCUGAGGAGACCGCUGUGUCACAAGCAGCAGUGACAAGCGAGGACCACAAUUACUACAGUCCUGUGAAGGACAAUAAUUACGAACUUCAUACCGUGAGCAAACCCGGUGUGAAAAAGCUCGCUUUUGAAAGCCCUUCCAGGGAUGAUAUCCUUGAAGAUCUGUUCUCCAUUUCAGCACCAAGCUCAAUGACUGGUGACCUAGAUUUACCUCAUUUUGAUGAAACUCUGUUUGAAACUUGGUAGUUACUUGGUUUCCCGGUUUUAGGUUUUUUCAGCAUGGUGUAUAUUUUGAAACAAAUCACUAUUAAGUUAUAUUUUCUAACCAGUUUAGUUGUACACUGGCUGUACUUGAACAAUUUGCAUUUGAGUUAUUUUUUUGGUAAAAUUUUAUUGUAGUAUACAAGUAAGGUUUUAACCUGUUUUAUUUUUCCAAACAACAGUUGUUUUAGCUGUCAAAUGUAAUUGUUUUUAAUUAAAGCUCCAAUGAGUAUUAAGUUUUACUUCUUUUAACGUGGAAAACUUGCCCAUAUUUUAUUGGGUGUGAAAAAUAAUUUCAGUAUCCCUGAUGGUGUAAGAAAUACCGAGGCGGUACUGAUCGAUUUGUCGGGAUUGCCCAACUCCUGAUGUCUUUUUGUCUAACAUUUAAAAAAAAAUUGCACGCAGAAACAAACCUGUAAUAGGAGAUGUUGACAUCCUUUGGCACAAUUUUCAACACUAAACUGAGAGGUGGUGUUCUGUUAGGAACUCUUCUCAGAGUUACUGUUCCAUAAGCUCUCCCUUCCUUGGAUCCAAGGAAGGGCUGAUACAAAAUAGUAGUUCUAUGUAAAGUUAUGGCACAUGCUGAGCUUUUAUCCUGGGUAUCUGAAAUAUAAUUUGUCAGAAUAGGAUAUUCUUCUGAGCUAGCUCAUUCUUCAAGUAAAACGGGUAAGAUUUGGGACAGAGUUUGCCGUGCUACGAAAGGAUACCAAAUGGAACUUUUAUUUAUACAUCGCCGCAAAAACAGUAAUGAAGAUUUCUGAGAAUCAAGGUGAACUGUAAGUUUGCACCCGUUGCCGUUGUCUCUAGGAGUUUUUUGUGGCAAGAGCAGCGUAGCUCUGUCUGUGCGUGCGGGAACUCCAAGGAGAGACCAGGCUGAUUGGAAGAAGGUAAUGAAGUUCAUGGCAAGAUUGCACUGAGUAGGCAGAGGGAAGAACAUGCACACGGUGGUGUUUCUGGAUCUGCUUAUGGCUGUCAUUUUGCUAGGUGGGAGUCUUUGGAAAUCGUAGACACAGAGCUGAGGGUAUUAGAUGCUAAAUUGGAUUAACUCUGCAUUUUUCUUGUACUUGGAAAUACUGAGGAUUUUAUCGGCAAAUCUUUGGCCAUUUUUAGGGGUACUCUGCUUCUCACUUAGACCCCGAAUUCAAAUCAAGUCUUCCAUUCUUCAGACGGAUCUAUUUGAACAUCAUUGCCAAUACAGAGUAUGCCUGCAGAUAGAAAUGCUCCUUGAUAGCUUGAACCAGGUUCAAAAAGUGAUGGUAAAACUGUCAGUGACACUGAAUGCACCUCGACAAGCUGUUUCGGUUGUGACUCCGGACGUGUUUAUCUAACUGGCAUUUAAGACAAUGAACGUUUUUAUUCUUGAAAUACCAUUCUUUGUAAAGAAUGGGAACUCUUCUGCAUUUUAGAUGUUGUGAUCGAUACAUUACAAUAAAAAAUAAACAGGUUCUGAAUAUAAAAUGCCAGUGUACUGCUGGUGAAA